UUCAAUUAAGGACGAGCAACAGAAGAGCACAUUUUUUCUCCAUUGUGGCAAGCCACAUUUUACUUCUUUCGUUGUACAAUUUUUUUUUCUCGGCGUAAUUCUCUGUCGAUGCAACACAGCACAUAAAAUAAAUUUAUCAUGUUUGUGAAAUAUUUAUCGAUUGUUGCAUCUUGUGAAUUGGUCUUAUUGGUAACAUGGGCAAAAGCAUUCACAACUUACUGGAAUAUACCAUCGUUUGCAUGCAGUCAACGAUUCAAUUUACCCGUAUUGAAUGUAGCGGAACGAUACGGAAUAGUGCAAAAUUUUAACGACAAUUUCAGAGGCGAACAGAUUUCGAUCCUGUACGAUCCUGGACUGUUCCCAGCUAUCUAUCCGAAUGGCACCUACAGAAAUGGAGGCGUUCCACAGGAAGGCGACUUAAAACUUCACCUCGAAAAAUUCGAGCUCGACGUCGAUAAAUACAUUCCCGAUAAAGAGAACAGUGGGCUAGCAAUAAUCGAUUUUGAAUUGUGGCGACCGGUAUACCGACAAAAUUUUGGAAAAUUGCUGCCAUACAAAGAGUUAUCAACCACACUGGUCGCAGAAGCAAUGGGAAAUUUAACGGAUGAAGCUUACAGUAUGGCUCGUGAUUUUUUUACCGAUUCUGCUAAAAUGUUCAUGUUAGAGACAAUCGAAUUUGCCAAGCAACUUCGCCCUAAUGCCAAGUGGGGCUACUAUGGAUUACCUCAUUGUUUUAACGGACGACGAAAUGUUACAGAGGACUGCGAACAACAUAUUCAGGAAGAGAAUGAUGCAACUCAAUGGCUGUACGACCACUCGGAUAUUAUUUUACCAUCAAUAUACAUGCCGGAGCGAAUAAUUCCAUGUAACAGACCGCUAAUGGUUAAAGGUAGAAUUAGAGAGUCACUGAGAUUGUCUAAUAAUGUCAACCGAACUACGAAGCCAUUAGUCAUAGCAUAUCAUCGAUACAAAUUCCCGGAUUCGUUGCAGUAUCUGAAUCAAAGUGACCAUAUCGAUACAAUUAAAGCGGCAAAAGAAGUCGGAGCCGACGGUAUUAUACUUUGGGGAGCUUGGAAGGAUGUGAACAAUAUUGACAAGUGCAUGGAAUUUUACGAUUACUUGGAGGACAAUCUGGGACCAAGUUUUCAGUCAACCUCAAUCAACGGAAGUGUAGUUAAACCUUCAGGGGAGAAAGGUACAGAGCCUCCUACUGCAUCAUCAGCUGCCGUUCAAUUCACUGGCAAAAUAUAUCUACUCAAAUUAUUUAUUGUGAUGUUGAUUGUAAGCGUGCAUAAGCGGUAAUAAAAUUGGGCUAAGUCCUACCUAGACUUGUUGCCA